UUCGGUUCUGUCUCUCCUGCAUUUGUCCUUCUUCCUCAGAGAUAACUGGAGGGGAAAAAAUCCAUAUCCAAAAUCUCAGAAGAGUUUUACGGACCAAUUAGAGGUUACCGGGCACCAGAGAAUACUUGCAGAAAGGGAAAGCUGUAUUCCAGAGUAUCCUUACAAAUGCAUUGUGUGUGGAAAAUAUUUUGCCAUGAGGAUAGCAAUGAUGCUUCACAAAAGGGUCCACACUAGAAAGGAGUUAUUUGUGAGUGAAAUUUCUGGGAAAUGUUUAAAUUCAAUGCAACAUUUUGUCAAUUGUGAAAGAAAGAAACCAUACAAAUGCCAGGAGUGUGAGAAAUGUUUUGCUCGAAAUUCACAACUUGUAAGUCAUAAGAGACUUCACACAGGAGAAAAACCUUACAAGUUCCAGGAGUGUGGGAAACAUAAAAAUUCAAGCCUUUGGAAUCAUAUGAGAAUCCACACAGGAGAGAAACCAUACAAAUGCCAGGAGUGUGGGAAAUGUUUGGCUCUAAAUUCACACCUUGUAAGUCAUAAGAGAGUUCACACAGAAGAGAAACCGUACAAAUGCCAGGAGUGUGGGAAAUGUUUUGCUCGAAAUUCACACCUUAUAAGUCAUAAGAGAGUUCACAAGGGAGAAAAAUUUUACAAAUGCCAGGAGUGUGGGAAACAUUAUAUUGAGAAUUCCAGCCUUUGGAAUCAUAAGAGAGUUCACACAGGAGAGAGGCCAUACAAAUGCAAAAAGUGUGGGAAAUGUUUUGCUGAGAAUUCUACACUUAUCAGUCAUAUGAGAAUCCACACAGGAGAGAAACCAUACAAAUGCCUUGAGUGUGGGAAAUGUUUUGCUCGGAAUUCACACCUUAUAAUUCAUAAGAGAGUUCACACAGGAGAGAAACCGUACAAAUGCCAGGAGUGUGGGAAAUGUUUUGCUCGAAAUUCACACCUUAGAAGUCAUAAGAGAGUUCACACAGGAGAGAAACCGUACAAAUGCCCGGAGUGUGGGAAAUGUUUUACUCGGAAAUCAUACCUUGUGAGUCAUCAGAAAAUCCACACAGGAGAGAGACUGUACAAAUGCCAGGAGUGUGAGAAAUGUUUUGCUGUGAAUUCAAGUCUUGUGAGUCAUAAAAGAGUCCACAGAGAAUAGAAAUUUUACAAAUGCCAAGUGUGGAAAAUGGUUUGCUGAAGUUUCUCACUUUUUGAAUCAUAAGACAGUUCACACAAGGCAGAAAUUGUAGCAAUGCCUGAAUUAUGGGAAAUGUUUUGCUAAGAAUUUAUCUGUUAUGGUCUGUCAGAUUUGGGAGAACGCCCCUCCUCAAUGUUGAUAAGCUGUUGUCUGAUUCUACAGUCGUAGAGAAUGCUCUCCUGGAUGACGUCACAUCUGCUUCUG